CUCGUUAUUGGUUUUGCCUGAGAUUAGAAUGAACUUUGUCUCAGUUCCUCUUGUGACUGAAAGGACCUCGGCUUGAAUCCAGUUCAUUAUAAUAGUGUUAAAUUAACAUACCAUAUUUGAUCACUUUACUCAUAAUGUAACAUAACAAGGACUCUUAAUGAUUAAUGGUGGAUACAUCUGGAGAGUCGGUGUGCGCUUUGGACAAAGCAGGACUGAGUCCAGUAGAGUGAAAGGAAACCGUCCCCAGUUUAUAAUUUGACACUAUUUUAGGGGUGUUGUCUAAAUAAAGGAAGUAGCCUUGAACUCCGCCGAGCAGCAUGAAUGAGAGCAGCUCGGAUGGUGCUGGAUCUGAACCAGCUGUCAGUCAGACCGACGCCCACCUCAGCAGGAGAUCCAGACAGGGCAGCGUUGUGGAGCGACUCUCGAGGUAUGGCAUGCAGGUCAUGCCCAGUGCUUUCCAGCGUAGGUCGAGGCUGCAGAGGCAGCUGGAAGACACUGACAGCUCCGUUCCGGGAGCACUUCAGAGGGAGGCUCCGGAGAGAAGCUCGCUCACACCCGCUAUGCGUAAAAAAUACCUGAAAGAUUUGCUUUUGAGCAACUCAUCGCACAGCGGGUUUAGCAGCGUGCUGUCACAGACUUACAGUGUGUGUUCCGAGCAGGACGCAGCAGGCUGGGCUUUGUAUCCGAUGGAGCACGCGUGGAUGUUGUCUGCAGUGGAGGGAAACUAUGAAACCAUACUGGAAUUCAUCUCCGUGGACCCCUAUCUGUUGACCAGGAAGGAUUUCGUCAGCGGGUACUCUGUCCUGCACUGGCUGGCCAAGAGAGGACAGGACGAGACUCUGCUUAAACUUUUGAGGUUCGCACAAGGUGAGGGGAUCCCCGUGAAUGUGAACGUGCGGGGCAGCGGCGGCCUCACUCCGCUGCACGUCGCCUGCAUGCACAGACAGUACAUGGUCAUCAAGCUGCUGGUCGGAGCUUUCAGUGCCAACGUGGAUGCCAUGGACUACAAUGGGAAGAGAGCCUGGCAGUAUCUGACGGGAGACGCCCCGCUGGAGAUGAAGGAGCUGCUGGGGACCUGGGAUGAUGAGCACAGCUGCGGAGGAUGUGCUCAAAAUGUCCACAGAAACGUCAACAACAGCGCUGGCGCAACGAACUUGACCGCAUUAGACGAGGUCGAUCAUGGAGAGUCAGAUGGACUGAACUCCUUUGACCGGACUAAGAGAAGUGGCAGCUGGGGGUUUGGCUCUUUAAGGAAGCUGCUACCCUCCUUUUCAUUUCUUGGAAACAAAAGCUGAGUGUCUAUGACGCAAGCAUUAUUUCAUUCAAUUCAUUGUUUUAAAAUUAUUCUUACAAGUAUGUGUGCUUAAUAGAUAACUACAGUGCUUAAAACCAGUGUUUCAUUCAACCGACUGCUCUUAUAGAUUCAAGUGCUUGAAAUUCCUGCUAUACUAGCAGAUUCGUCUCAAUGUUGGUUAUUGGUCAGACAUUGAAUAAAAUGGAAGUGAUCAAAAUAAGACAGGAACUUUUCAAAUGUUUGCUUUUGUACACUUUCACCACAAGUCUUAAAUGAAACUGCCUCAAGUCAUAUUCACUGAGGCCAUAACCUGAAUCACAAGAUAUUUCUCUGCACUAAUAAUCCAUUCAGUAUUAAUAUUGCUCUCCAGAGAAUCAUGGAAAGUCAUCUGGGUAAAAUACUGGCACUUGAAUAAAUUAUAUUUCAAUGAACCCAACAUGCCACAUACUGAGCUUUUUCUCAAACUCUUGCUGACCAAGUUUGAUAGCUGACGUGG